AGUCCAGAUAAGCAACAAAUGCAAUAUCAAGAUGUGAAAGAAGUGAUUAUGGGAGAGGAAGAAACCCCUCUGGCAACAUACAAGGCAAUCAACAAGGAGGAGGCAGAAAAACAAGACAAGCUAGAAAGGCAAAUAGAACAUAUGGGAAAGAUGCUAAGCAAACUUUUGGAAAAUGGUCAGCUAUCACCUAGCAAGAAGAAACAACAACAUGAAAGGCAAUAG